AUGUCUUUUUCGACACUUCCCACUCGCAAAGCUCAGUCCACAUCUUCAGGGCUAGGCCACCACUUUGUGAGCCCGAGGAAGGCUCGAGACAAACGAAAAACACAAACAUUGGUCAAUAUACCGGGCGUGGAGGCAAAGCGUCGCCGACUUCUAGCUGAAAUGCAGCAACUUAUGCAGCCUCAACGUGAAGAAUCAGGCUCGCAGGUAUUGUCUGCUGACCCUGCUGCAGCUCGAAACGAUACCGCUCAACACAUGGGUCCGAGUCUUGGUGAUGCCGACCCACUGCACUCUGAAAACGUGGAAAUGUUCGAAGAUCCAAGUCUCGAUUCCCUGGCAAUCGACACACCAGUCAAACGACGAAUCGUGCCCGAUAAAUCGACUAAUUCGUUGUAUUGUUCCUGGACUGCACUUGUCCCAACCCUCGUCAACCCUCUACUUCGCUAUUUUGGACGAACACAGGCAAAAACGCUCGAAAACAUCCACCCAGUCAUUUCUGCAUGUGCGAUACCAUCAUGUUCACCCAAACGGACCACAUUGGUAUGUUUAUUUUUCGACCGAUUUGAAUCUGUAGAUGUACUAAGUUGCACAUGCUCCAGUCUCGCGCAGGUACUGGUCUACCACGGGCUAUUCCCAACUUCUCCUUCACAGCCUCGGAUGGCUGUGUCUGUUGACUUGCUUUCAUUCUACCGCGCGUUGUUUGAGCGGUCGUGUGAUGCGAUUAACGCUCUUGCAUCAGCAUUAAAGACUCAUUAUUCUCGACGGGGAUUCCAGAUGACAGACGCACAGGGCGGACUUAUCCAGGACCCGUUUCGUCGAGGUCUCGGCUAUGCUGUCCAAUGGUUUGACAUACUGCAAGUCCAAGUCGAACAACAACUCGAGACCCUUCUCCAACAAAGCCGGGAGCGUAUUAUCACCAUGCAAGCAUCCUCUGAUGUCCCUGAAACGCAUUCGCCUACCUUACAUCCAGGUCGAUGUGCGCCCAUUCUGGUUCAAAUAUGCCCCGCUUGUUUCGGGGGCAGAUGCUAUGGUAGACCCACAGACGAAGGAGGCGAUAUCCAUGUCGCAAUGGAUGGGAAUUUCCAUCACCGUCAUCGACGCACUGCUGGCGACUGUCCAGCCUUCUACGACCCUACAUACUUUAUCCCGAAAACCUUUGUUGAUGAUAUCGGCCGCCGAAUAGUCGCCCUACAUAAGCAACCUCCAAGGACAUAUGCUUCCCUCAUCCCUGACGAGGCCGUAGACCAAUGUGAAAAUGCUUACGAGGCUGCUGAUGGCAAGAAGCAGAAAGCUGCAAUGGAUAAUUUUGAUGACACAGGGAUUAUGGCAUUAAUUUGUCGCCAUGAUAUUCCGUUGUUUUUCGCCAACAUCGAUUCCCCUGGAGAACAACAGAAGUAUUCGGUAGCCCUCCUCCAGCACUUAUUUUCACUACUCCCACACCAGGCAACGGUUGUUGGUUUGUAUGAUGUUGGUUGUGUUCUCGCGCGAUCACUCGCAAAGUACAAUAUUCUUCCCGAAAGCAUUACCACACGACUACGUUUUGCGACAACUGCCAUGCAUGCCUACGGGCAUGAGUGGGCAUGUCAACUCGUCUAUAACCCAAGAAUGUCCGUUGGACUUGGCCUAUCCGACGGGGAAGGGACUGAGCGUCUCUGGUCCCGCUUUGUUCGCCUGAUUGGAAUUGAAAGGACUUCUUCCCGGCAACGUCGCCUGUGGCUUAUUGAUAGACAAGCCACAGCUAUAGGCUCCGAAAUGCGAGCCGAUCUUGGGAAUUGGCUCAAACGUUGCCUCAGACGUGGCAUCAAAGAGCAAGGGUCGGUAGCGCAAGAUAUGCUAGACCAUUGCAAAAUCCCCAUCGACGAACUACGGUCUCAGUGGUCCCAGCAACGGCGUUCGCAGCUAUCUAUACGUGCUCAUGCUCCGGCUCGCCUCAAGAAAGAGCUGGACACCGUAAUAGCCCUCCAGACAGACCUCGAUGCGUCGGAUAGAGCACUGCAGAACACCAGAGCGAUGCUGGUGAGAGAAUCGGCAUCUGACGACACACUAGAAGCUCUGCGGAGCUUGGAGAGAGGACAUGGUCGCCUAAUAGAAAAGGUUGAGACUCUGUACUCAUCUCUCAAUGUUCAUGACAGGUUCCCUGAACUUCAAGGGGUCAACCUUGAUUUCGUUCGUACUCUUCUAAUGGCGCGGGACCUCAAGAUGAACGUUCGCAAAUGUGCUAUUGCAAGCUUUUUCGAAUGGGAUAAGCUCGACCGCGCUGUUGGAGGUGCUCAACAGGCUUUGGGCACCAAGCUACAUCAACAUACACGCAAAGCCAUAUCAAAGCGGCAACCGGUCCUUAUGACCGCCAUUCGAAAAUUCAACUUAUACUGCGAGCGUUUAGAUUCCCUGUACGACCCGAGUUGGGGGAUUCCCCUGCCCGCCCCUCUUCCAACCAAACUUACGGAACUACGUAACGACCCAAGAUUAAUGGAAGAUGUAUGGAUUACACCAUCAGUAGGAGAAGUUCCCCGAUGGUUGGAGGACCCACACAUCAGGGAUGGUAUACGUGCACUCUUAAAGCGAGAUCGAUGUGAAGAAGAGCAGAUCCGCCUCAGCAUUGAGGCUGAUAAUCUUUGUCGUUUCUUCGGUGAACCGUUUGCUGUUCCAUUAUGGCGACGGCAUGCUAAUUUCAUCCAACUUCAAUCUCGAUGGUCCAACUCUUUGGCUUCUCCCGCAUGCUUUGUCAGCCAAGUGAACAAAGCACUGGAUGUUGCUACUACCCUCUCUGGAGCCUCGCACAGCACAAUACUUCUUUCCAUCAACAUUGGCACACUUGCAGCGCCAGAUCCUGAGGUUGAAGAUGAAUUUCCCCUCGUUGAUCCUGACCAUUCCCCGCCCAUUGAUUCCGAACAAGCAGCGCUUGUUGAUGUUCUGGAGGGUCAGGUGGGCAUACUGGAGUCGGAUGACGACAAUGACUCAACAGAUUACGGACGUGAAGCUAAUGCCAUUAUUUGUUGGGAUCUUCCCGAGAAUCUUCUUGCAGAUGACUUUAAAGUUCCGUUGCACGUACCAACGCGUGAGCCCGACAUUCUCAUACCUGGGAAAAUUGUCGCCCGAGUGCGCCCUAGCUCGCACGACGGUAUCCCUUGUCAGAUAUUUGACCCCAGGGAUAUCGGCUUCCUUAGUUCUCCCACAGCAUGCCUGAAUGAUGUAUGCAUUAACAGCUGCGCUAUACUUCUCUGGCACUCUCAGCUCAGGACAUCGGGUGCACAAUGUGCAAUCCUCUCGACCCACAAUCUUCCCCGUAUUCGUUACAAUGCGCCAGACGAUGUCAUCUGGCGCAAUUCAUCGUGGGUUCAUUAUUGGGAAAAGGACAUCUGGGUGCUUCCCAUUCAUCGUCCAUCGGGCAUUGGGCACUGGGUCCUAUGUGUCAUCCGCCUAUCAAACAAAGAACUUCAUAUUUUUGAUAGCCUAGGUAAUAGGCAGCCUUGGCAAAACGACGUUAAAGAUAUAAUGAGACUAAUUGCUCGAUUCCUUGCUAUCGCGUGCCAACACCAACAUCGUGUUAAUAUUGACCUUGAAGGGUGGAUUGCUCGACCGUUGAACGUCCAAUGCCUUCAGAAUAAUAAUUUUGACUGUGGUGUAUGGGUUUUAGCGACGAUUUUCGCCGUUGUACGCGGUAAACAUAUUACGGGACUACCUGAGCAGGACAUGGACAAUCUGCGACACUAUCUCCGGGCCAUGGUUCUUGCGUUACCACUUUACAGGUCUGAUUCAAAGUAG